UAAUGGUUUGCCAAAAGGUACAUUUAAUGUUUCAAAAUUGUAUAAAAUGGUAUUAAUUAAGCUCUGAGCUUUGAAUGGUUGUAAAGGAGAAGUCUUAAUUUGAGUGAAUCAUCAAAAGCAUAACGCAAACUUAAAUUGUAUAUAUGUUCUUGAUCAAACCAAAUCUUGAAGAAUUCAAAACAAACUACCAAAACCAGAUAGUAUAAAUCUCAGAAAGUUAAGCAAUGACCAACCAAAAAAAAUCCAUUUAUUUUGGUUAAGUAAUUGGCUCCCCACUUUUUUCUCUCUAUUCUUAAGUUUUGAGUUUUGAGUGAGUCAAAUUCAAUUCCUCAAUAUUCUUAACCUCAAAACCUAUAUAAACUGCCCCCAUCAAACUUCCAAAAACACAAAAAAGCAAAACAUUUUCUAGUUCUAUCAACUCUCUUGUAUUCAAAACAAAGAAGAAGAAAGAAGAAUAUGUCUAACAUUCAGCAAAGUUUGAAUGCAGGCCAAACCAAAGGCCAGACUCAGUCGAGCUCGGUGCAGGCAAGGACAGAAGAAUGGAUGGAGGCCACAAAAAACACAACACAUGAGUUGAAUUCUUCAGAUUCUAAUUCUGCUCAGCUCUCUGCUCAACCUCACCAACAAUCUAAUUCUCCUCACCAACAGCAGCAAAAAGAAGCUGCUGGUUUUCUCCAACAGACUGGAGAGAAGAUGGUUAACAUGGCUCAAGGUGCUGUGGACACUGUGAAGGACACACUUGGAAUGGGUGACAAGAAAUGAAGGGGACAACAUUUUCAAAUAAAGAGAAACACUCUUAUUAAUUUAAUUAACAUAUCUUAUUUUAAUUCAUGAAUUUUAUAAGGUAUAUCUUUUUUUUUUUAUUUCUUUUAGGUUUGUGCCCUAUCUUCAUUAGGGCAUAGGAACAAUUCCUUUGUUUGGAAUUUGGGUAAAUUUUUUUUUUAUUUUUUUUGCUUUUUUGAAUGUAAUAAGGCAUAGCAAGAAUUUCAAAUGCAAAUGAAAAACUCUACCAGAGUUCAUUUUA